ACCAUUCCUUUUCAAAAAAUGAAAAUAAAAUCAACCAAAAACAUAAAGCUGGAAAAUCAAGCCUCAUGAGUUCAGAUACAGAUGUAAACAAAAGUGCCUCUCCGCCUGCUGGAGCACAGCCUGAGGAACCUGAUGGCCCCCUUCCUGGCACAGCUGGUGACCAAGAAAAGAAAGUAAGAUUAUCUCCAGCCAAAAUGUCAACCAAGAACUCUACAGAUCUAGUUGAAUAUGUUGACAAGGGUCGUCCUUUUCUUCCUGUCAUUGCCAAAACCCAGACAAGUCAGCUAGAAGACAGACUGAACCUCCAGGAGCGCACCACAGCCUUCCUCCUCGAACAAGCCUUCCGCAUCAAGGAGGACAUCUCUGCUUGUCUCCAGGGGUCCCAUGGCUUUCGAAAAGAAGAGUCACUUGCCAGGAAGUUGCUAGAAAGCCACAUCCAGACCAUCACCAGCAUCGUCAAAAAACUCAGCCAAAACAUUGAGAUCUUGGAAGACCAAAUAAAAGCUCGAGACCAGACAGCCACGGGGACUAAUUUUGCAGUGCAGGAUCUAAACAUCAAACACCUGCAAGGAGUUGGAGACCUGCGGGGAAGAGUCGCCAGGUGUGAUUCAAGCAUUGUGAAGCUUUCUGGAGACAUCCACACCAUCAGGCACGAGCACCGGCAAAUUGAGAAAGCAAUUCAGGAACUCAUAUCUGCUCUAGAGACUGUUUCCAAAAACUUGGAUAUAAAGGUAACACAGCUCUUAGGAAAGAUAGAGGCUUCCACCUCUGAGCAAACUUCAAAUUUAAAGAUGAUCCAGGGAGAUUAUCGCCAUGAAAUGAAUCUUUUGGAAUUCAAGUUCAACUCUCUUUCAAGUAAUGUGUAUGAAGAAGUUGAGAACAAUCAAAAAUGGACAGGAAAUCAAUUUCUCAAACACAGACAAGACCUCCUGGCCCAUAUAAACGAAUGUCUGAAAGCGCUGCAGGAGAAACUGGAAAAGUCUACAGAUAGAACGGAAGGAAAAAUGAUGCAGCUGUCAAGCAAAUUAGAGAAUUUCAUCAAUUCACAGAAACAGGGAGCAGAACUAAACAAAGUAAAGCACAUAGAAAAUAAAUUGUCAAAAAAGAUGAACCAAAUGGAAAAGCAGAUCUGGGGUGAAUUAGAAAAAAUGCAGAACGAGUAUCAAUCAGGGUUUCAAUCAAUUCAUGACUCUCUCAACUCCCUCCAACAAAUACAGAAAACAAAGAUGGAUCUAGAGAAAUAUAAAGUACAGAAAGACAUAAAGAAAUUACAACGUAAGAUAGUGGAACUCCGGGAAAUUUAAAAACUUCUAGUUAUCCUCUUUUUUCCCCCCUACCAGCUAAUGGAAUGGCUUGUUGGGAAAAGUGGUGAAGAAGAACGUUAAUCUCUCUAGGAUGUUUCUACUUCCAAUGUGUCUGUUUCUCUCACCACCAUUUAAGGAGAUGAAUGUACCUGGUAAAACAAUAAAGCAAGAACCUUUACGUUAGCUUCAAAUUAGUGAACACGUUAAAGUAUUCAUACACAUGCCUUUUGAUAUUCUUUCGCCUACAGAUUAAAAGAAGAGCCAUUCAUAUAAU